UUUUUCUCUGCAAAAUGUGUCAAAAAGUCGACACUUUUGUUUUGAUAGGUGUUGUUUUUGGGCGUUUGUGAAAAUAAAAAUUAAUCUCCGUGUUUCCUGGGGACCACAGUGCAGGAUAGAAGGUGCAAAUAGCUCGUAAAAAUGCUGGCCAUCAUCAAUCGGAUACUUGACUGGUUCAAGAGUUUAUUCUGGAAGGAGGAGAUGGAGCUAACACUCGUGGGAUUGCAGUAUUCCGGAAAGACGACUUUUGUCAAUAUCAUUGCCUCCGGACAAUUCAGCGAAGAUAUGAUUCCAACUGUGGGCUUCAACAUGCGCAAAAUAACAAAGGGAAACGUCACAAUAAAAGUCUGGGAUAUCGGAGGUCAACCUCGAUUCCGAUCCAUGUGGGAGCGAUACUGUCGUGGAGUGAAUGCCAUUGUAUACAUGGUGGAUGCUGCUGAUCUGGACAAGAUGGAAGCAUCCCGCAAUGAACUGCAUUCGCUGCUGGAUAAGCCACAGCUCUCGGGCAUCCCUGUGCUAGUCUUAGGCAACAAACGCGACAUUCCUGGUGCUCUUGACGAACCUGGACUGAUUGAGAGAAUGAAUUUGGCCACAAUUCAAGACCGAGAGAUCUGCUGUUAUAGUAUUUCUUGCAAGGAAAAGGAUAACAUUGAUAUAACCCUGCAGUGGCUCAUUGCCCAUUCGAAAAGUCAAAGCCGUUAAGGAGGAUAUUAAUAUGCGGUGUAGUGAAUUACAAUUUUUGAAAUGAGAGGAAGGAUCUCUGUGUGUGCGAUUAAGGAAGGAGAGAAGAGCAGAGCGAGAGAGAGAGAGAGUGGAGAAAGUCAAGUGGAAAUGAUUUUCACAAAAUAAACAUUAUAACUAUGAUUGUAAUUUAGAGAAGGGAGUUCCAUUCUUAUAAGAAACGUUGAGAUGACACGCAAUUGAGGAUCAUGGAAAAAAAUCCUUUGCAAAAGAAGAAAGUUUCAACUCCAUUUAUGUUUUUUUUUUAAUUUCUUUAUUUGUUGAUUUGUUUUUUAUUUUAUCUUGGCAUUGUAAGAGCACAGCAUUGAAAGGAUUUUGUCUGUUGAAAAUGAUUCUUCAAAUGGCACAACAUGUUGUUUUUUUACGUAAAUUUUCUUUUUGUUUUAUAUUACAAAAAAAAUACAGAUUUUUUGCCUUUUUAGUUAAAUUUCAUUAUUUGGAAGAAAAAGAGUUAAAAAUUGUAAAUUUCAAAAUGAAAAUUCCAUGGAAAAUAAAUGCAAAAUGUAAUUUGGAAAUAUAAUCAGACUGGAAAAAAAGCUCGAAGGAGUUAAAUGAGGAAAAAUCCUCAGAUAGGCUUUCUAAUAAAUUUUCAAUGGAAUUUCAGGCGAUAAAUUUUGCUUUUCCACACUCUCAAGAUUAAUAGGAAUUCUUUUUAUUUAUAAUAAUUGUUACUUGUAAGCCUCAACUGAUAAUGUGUACAUAUAAGAAGUUGAAUUGGGUGAAAGAAAGGGUGGGUGGGGCAUGAUAAAAAGGGGAAAAUGUGGGAGAACUUACCAUUAUUUUACACACAACUAAAAGAAAAAAAAGUGAAAAAUAGCGUAAGAACGAAAAUAUUCUAGAUAAAAAUUAUAAAAUAUACCUUUUAUGCAAAUACAAGAUUUAGUUUUUUUUGUAUAUGAAUAUUAUCUUGUUUUAAAUUAGGUGAUUAUUUGUGGAUAAAGAAAAUGUAUAAUUAUGGAUUGCCAUCAUCACUUUCAAAGCAUUACAAUUUAGUGGAGGGGAAAAAGAGCUCAAUAUUCUGUAUAUUUCUCUAUAAAUGAAAGCCUUAGAGAAGCAAGCAGAAUUUAUUUAAAAAGAUCUUAAGCAAAUAUCUUCCCAAAUAAAUCACGUUUUUAACACCCAAAAUGAGAAUGAAAAAAAAAUGAGUAAAUUCUGGGAUUUCUUUGAGAAAGUGUACGUGUGCGAUUACAUAGACUUUGUGGCUUUCCUCUUAUUGAAAAAUUACAAUUAUUAUUAUAUACAAAAAAUGUUUGUUAUUGGGCAUGAUUAAAAGCAAAAAAAAAACGUAUGAAUAUUAUAAACGUAGCUAUUAAAACAAAAUGUAAAACCAAAAUUUUCAACUUACAACUAUGUGCAAGAUAAUAUGAGAAGCAUUAAAAUAGAUUGAGAAAAAUAAAACUUUUUAACUAAA